GCGUUCAGACAGCGAACAUCUCCUUGAUGUGACUCGUUUGCUCUCACUUCCCCCGCCUUCGUCGCCGCGCACAGUCUACGCCAACGUUUCUAUUCUUAUAUAUCUUGAAAGCGUGGGUGACGUUUCGUGAUUGGAAAGGAACAUCCAUCAGUCUUGGUCGAGGAAACCAUCUAACUGCUUUCUUGUCUCUGCCCGCUCUACAUAGUUACGCUCGUUUAUUCUGCUGCAUUAUAUCAGAGGGAUUGGGGGUUUACGGGUGAAGUCCGCUUUCACAUAUCUUGACUAUUGAUGUCAUCCUCAUCAACCUCUGCUCCCACUCAGACAUCCUUCAUCAGUCCGAAUGACGUCGCGGACAAGCGCGUCGUCGCCCUCGGAAUAUCCUUAGGCGUUGUGGGGUUUCUAGUGAUCGUUGGCAUCGUCUUCUACGUCCUCAGACUGAGGAAGAGAACGGCUGCCGUUCCAGAUGCGACGACCCUGACCGACCGCAACCACCAGAAAUACCUGCGCCACACUGACGUUGACGCACGAGACCCGGCGCACCGUGUCGUACCUUUCGGUUCGCCGGGUGGGGAAACACCGCGAUUCGUGCACACCCCAGGUGCUAACAUGCGUGUCGCGCAAAGGGGCCCGGACGGCGCUUGGGAGUUCUUCGAUCCUGCGCGUCCCUUAACGCCAUCCGGCUUCCGCGACCCAGACUCAAUGCCUCCCAGCCCGUCUUCGACUGUGUUCACCCCUCGCGUCAAGGACAAUGGUAUGAAGCCCUGGCAGUUCACUAACAGAGAUUUCGAAGACUGGGGAAGCGUCGGGGUCCCGCCACCAGCAUAUGGUAUGGAGGAGGGUUACAUUAGCAAAGCUGUUUGAGAUCAGCAUGCCUCGGCGUCAUGCAUCUAAUGUGUACUUUUGUUUAUUAUGCUUCGAUCUGCUCCAUGUUACAAUGAUCUACGUUCUUAGGUUUUGCUUUUGUGGGUUUCUUGCGGGUUAUUUGCCAUUGAUUAUCGUAUCUUCCCUAAGUUUUCAUGCUGGGCAUUCACCGCAACAGUCUACGUAGCAUGGUCUAUGCAACCCUUCGUGCAUCUUGACACAAU